AUGGAUGCGGAAUGGUCAACAAGUGGUUGGUCCUAUUCCCAAUGGCAAUAUGAUCCGGCGUGGGAUGGCUGGCAGGACUGGCACUCGCAGGAUGAUAAGGUGCAUGGGCGAGACUACAAUUCGCCGGUGGAAGCACCUCCGCCUCCGCCACGAGCUGGACCUGAAAGGAGGCCACCGCUUGGGCCUCCACCCGGACCACCAGGGCCUCCGCCCGGGCCUCCACCCGGGCCUCCGCCCGGGCCUCCGCCCGGGCCUCCUCCACAAGAACCCGUACCUCCACCUCCACAAGGGCCCGGACCUCGACCUCCACAACCUACGACGAAGCAGAAAGGGCCAUCCUUCACUCCGCCCUUGCGUGGGCACGACGAAGAUGUGACUCAGCUGAUGGAGGCAAGCCGAGCUUCGGGCGCUCGCCCGAACUUCAGUCAGCUUCGCAGGGAGUUCGACGCGAAGAUGAGAGAGGUGAAGCAGACUUGUGCAGAGUUACACCAGGCACAACUCUCAGCAGAGCUGGCGCAACAACAGGUGAGGUUCAACGAGGAGAAGAAGGCCUACGUCGAGGCGGCGAACUUGGCGGCGAAGGCGGCUGCCGAGGCCGACAAGACGGAUGCGCUGCUGCAGCUGGGCGAGCGCUGGAAGGCCUACAGUGACGCUGAGAUCCUGAAGGCCGUUCAGCGCGAGCAACAGUCUGCGCAAAAACUGUUGGCCGAGCAGAAGGAGGCCUACGAGCUCGAGAAGUCUCGUCAAACUACGCGCAUCAACGAGCUCUUGGAAUCCGUGGAGUUUUGGAAGCAGUCGAGCAAGGAAUGGCGAUAUUCCAAGCUCAGUGACUUGGAGAAGAUUGCAGCCUCAGCCUCACAACAGGCUCAGCAGGAGAAGGAAACGAAGCCAGACGCCAAGAAGAGCCUUGCAAAGGACGACAAGAAAGAGUCGAAGCCCGAGACGGCGAAUCCUGGUACCUCUUCAAAGGAGUUCCCGCAAGCAGAUCUUCCACAAGCAGAUCUUCCGGAGGCGGUUAAAAGAGAUGACGAGCUGACUGCACAACAGCAGAUGGAGCUGGUGGCGGCCAAGUACCCGGAGGUCGCAAGGAUGAGAGCAGACUCUGCUAAGAGGAAGAAAGAUCCGAAAGAAGAUGACAAGAAGGUCCAAGCCAAGAAAGCGAAGAUCCCGGAGGCUGGGCUAAACUCUGAUGCACUCUCCUAUUGCACAAUGACCAAACAUUUGGCAGUGUUGGCAGCAGUUGUUUCGGCAGGAGGCUUCAACGGAGGUGACAGAGGCGCCGCUUCCGCGAAAGAAGAAGGAGAAGAAGGCAAGCAAAUGAUGAAGCGGAUGGAUGACAAGACCUAUGAUGCCGGCCAGGACCUGACUUGGGCUGGGUGGCACAUGGUGCUGCGGAAGGAGGCCACACGACCUGGGAGCGCAGCAUCGAAGGGCAAGCUUUGGCACCGGGAGGCCGAGAUCGUCAAGGGACGGGUCAAGGCCACCCAGGAAUAUCCCGCAAAGCUUGUGCAGGGUAUCUUGGAGGCGUUUCGCGCCCAACUGAUCGAGGACGGUGAGUUCUCUCAAGCUCUCAACAUGAUGGAGGCAGGUCCUGUACCGGACGCUGCCCCUGUCAUCGACGAGGAGGAAGAGGUCUUCAACCACCUUCCGGAGGCGAGCGACCCUAUCGAGGGACCUGUCUACGACUCCAACACUGGAGCAGAGUUGGACCUUGAGAGGGUUGCAACUGCUCGCAAGGAAGAACUAGAGUGGGUUCGAAAGCAAGACCUCUACGAGAAAGUUCCGGAGGAGCAAGCAAAGGCUGCAGGAAAGAUGCCCAUAACGAUGAAAUGGGUAGAUCGCAAUAAAGGAGAUAACGAACGGCCCAACUACCGAUCACGACUUGUCUGUCGUGAGGUAAAGCGUGCCAAGAACGCGGAAUUCAUUCCUGAGUUCGCUUCCUUUAGCGCGAUGCCGCCCCUCGAGGCGGUAAAACUGCUCCUGUCACUCAUGGUGACACUGAAGGUCGCCAAGAAGAGCCGAUCACCUCUGAAACUUCGGCUCAUCGACAUAUCCCGGGCUCACUUCUAUGGGAAGGCCCAGAGGGAUGUCUUUGUGACGUUGAGGGCUGAUUACACCGCGGCCCUUCUGGCUGCUUUGUUCGAAAGAUGCCCAGCAUGGCCUGCCAUCUUCUUCCACAAGGAUCGAGAGAUUCGUCUCCUGGUCCAUGGUGACGAUUUCCUCAUUUUGAGUGACGACGCCGGCCAAGCCUACGUUGAGCAGAUCCUGAGAUCCAAGUACGACCUCAGGGUUGAUGGAAGCAUCGGGCAAGGGGAAAAGAGGCAGGAGUUUUGUGUACUGAACCGUCUCGUACGUUUCGACGAGAGGUCGGGCACUAUCUCCUACGAGCCUGAUCCCAGGCACGCUGAAAUCAUUCUGAAAGACUUGGAAAUGGAAACCUGUAAGCCGGUAAAGAGCCCAAACGAAAAGCUUAAGGCAGAAGACGUUGCAAAGCGUCUGGAGAUGCCUACGGUUGCGCCGGACCGCAUUAGCAAGUACCGCUCCUUGGUCAUGCGUGCGGCCUUUUUGGCGCAAGACAGGCCAGAUCUGUCUGAAACCGUCAAGUGCCUUGCACGGAAGAUGCAAGGGCCUACGGAGGCUGACUUCGAAGCCGAGUAUUACGCUCUGGUGAAGGGAGUGGCCAGUGGGAUGGCUACUCAAGAGUUGCUGCGUGGAUGGGGCUUGGACGUGAAGCUGCAGGUUCACACUGACAGCGCUGCUGCGCUGGGUACCUGCAACAGACUCGGGUUGGGUAAGUCCCGACACGUGCAAACACGUUACCUUUGGAUCCAAGAGAAGCUCGCAAACAAGCAGUUCGAGCUGUUCAAAAUCGACACCAAGCUGAACACGGCUGACCUGCUUACUAAGUCGCUAGCCGUGGAAAGUGCUGAGCAGCACCUGAAACGCAUGGGUUGCAGCCUGUUUGCUCGAGCGUCGGCGACGCUGGCGAUGGCCUCUGCCGCCAAGAUGCCAGCCUCCGAAGAAACUCUGCCUGAAGAGCAGAAGUACCUCCUGGAGAUCGUCCAGCCCCUGCUGACGGACCUCAUCGAGGACCUGCUCCAGGAUGAGGCGAUGCCCGAGGAUGCAGAGGCCUUCAUGAUCGACUGGCUCCGACGGCGCGCCGGGAGCCGCGAGGGCCAGGGUCGAGCCAUCUGCAUGUCCCUGCGCCAGCGGAACGAAGUGCUGAAGCAGGAGCUUUCGGAGCUGGAGACCUCCAAGGCGAAGGCUGACGACGCUCGAGCAGAGGCCCGGCAGAACGAGAAGUUCCACAAGAUCGAGAAGUCCUUGGCGUCAUUGCAGGCUCGGCAGGAUGAGCAAUUCCGCAGGAUGGAGGCAGGACAGGACCAACAGUUCCGCAAGCUGGAGCAGUCCAUGGCAUCCUUGCAGGCACGGCAAGAUGAGCAGCUUAGCCAGAUGGAGGAGUUCCGCAAGAUGGAGCAGUCCAUGGCAUCGCUGCAGGCGCGACAGGAGGAGCAGUUCACCAAGCUGGAGACGUCGCUGACAUCCUCGCAGGCCCAGCAGGACGCACAACUUGCAACGACCAAAGAGCUCUUCGCGAGCUUGCUCCAGGCCCAAGAGCAGUUUUUUGCAAAGAUGGAGCAGCGCGGCGCAGUUUCUCAGGCCGCGGCAGCGUCAAGACACGAGGAGAUGCACCCUGGAAAGACCGAGGAGCCCCUCGAGACGUUGCCACAGAAGCUCGACGACGAAGAAACAGAGCAGCGAGAACCUCAAGAGAAGGACAAGAUGUGGACCGAGACAGAGCAGAUCGUGACGAAAUUCGAACAGGAUGCAGAAUCAGAGCAGCGAAGACAUCAAGACGAGGACGAGAUGCGCACCGAGACGGAACAGAUCGUGACGAGUUCCGUGCAGAAGCUCGAUGGUGACGAACCGCAGCAGCGAGGACAUCAAGAGGAGGAUGAGAUGCGGACCGAGACGGAACAGGUCGUGACGAGUUCCGUGCAGAAGCUGGAUGAUGAAGAACCAGGGCAGCGAGGACAGAAAGAGGAGGCGCAGAUCGGUGUCAGCGACGAGCUGCCAGAAGGAGCGAUGGUGUCCUCCUCCUCGGGGCCACUGCAGGAAACUUUGUACCUCACCCUGAAGGAGGAGGCGGCCAUAACAGAUUCUGAGAACAUUCCCCAGAGCUACCACGGGCACAUCCGCGAGAACGCUCGCUCCUGCUGGGUAUCCUUUCCAGGCAAAUAUGCCGCAGGCUGGGAAGCCUUGGUCAAGGAGUACCACGAAGACUCCGUGGCCUGCGUCUUUCUUUGCACUCCGAAAGAUGGUCUCGGCCAGCACCUCGAGGAUCCCCAGAACCCAGGGAAGUGCCACUGCCAGAGGAUCUACGGCGUUCGCGACUUCCGGUCCUUCGGAUACCUCAUGGUCAUGCAGCCGCCCUUCACGCCCGAGCGGCUUGAGAGGCACCAGGAGAUGGCGGCUGCUAUGAAUGCGGUGUUCGUGCGCGAAGAUGCACAUCAGUCCGAGAAAGAAGAGGCCCUCAAGCAGGCAGAAGCUCAGUGGCGGGAAUGUGGGUGUGUGGCCUCCUGGGGAUGUGCCUGGUACCCCAAAUGGCUGGAACGUGUCCGCGAAGCUGUGGCCAAGGGGCAGCGGCUCAAAGCCGUUUUCUUUCCAGGUCAAGUCGGGCAAGGCAAGCUGUCCAUGGAAGAGCUCUCGCGCCAGUCCGUGAACCUCUGGGACAACGUCGGAUGCGGCGGAUCCCAGAAGUGUGAACUUGCAACGCUCGACCGGCUGCGGAAAGACGAAGGCAACAAAUGGGACUACGAUGAGGUCGAUGUGGCCCAUUUCCUCGGGUCUGAAUUCACUGCCGGCUGUCCCGUCUAUGCCAAAACUGACAGCAAGGGUGGAGAGGAAUGGCGCAGAGGUGUGUUGGUGCAGCAGAAAACACGUGCUACCAUAGGUGGCAGUGGCAAGAUCUCGUGGAAGGUGAGAUGUGAGAAGACUCAGGAGAUCUUCGAAGCCCACGAUCUUCGCCACGCGAGCUUGUCCAUCGAGCAGAUCCGGAAGGCCUGCGGUCAUGAAUUCCUGCUGGGGCUGUUGAGUGAAUGCCUAUCCGGCAUGGACAUAACAGCACAUGAGGCAGCAAGGCUGCCAACAGGUGCCCAGGCUAUCAGUGCUACCAUCCAGAUCUCCGGCAUAGUGGAGCUCCAUUCAGUCCGGGAUCGCGUGCUGAAUGGAGACUUCGAGCGGAACUUCAAUGAGAAGCUGGCCAGCAGAGCACCAACGUGCAAGGUGGAAGUAGACAAAAAGCGCUUCUUCGAAUUGUACGAAGACAGCCUUCUUGCUUUGGAGUCUUUGACGGCGCAUCAGCUGCAAAAGCUGGGCGAGAUGCAAGGAGCGACCCAGGACAUCCACCUAUCUGCCCCGGCAGGAGCCGGAAAGACCUUCGUAGCAGUGCAGCAUGUUAUGGACACUCUGCACGAAAACCCUUCCGGAACAGUUCUGUUCGUGGCACCAUCUGAAGCUUUGGGCCUGCACUUCGUCAGGUGGCUGGCGACCCGGGUCGCAGCACAAAGCCCCAAAGGUGACGCAGCUCUCGCUGACAAGAUCGACCACGUCCUUUCUCGCCUGAGGCUGUUGCAUGAUCCGUUCACCCACAUGAAGGCACCGUCGCUGGAUGGCGACCGCAUCGUCCAUAGGCAAGAGGACAUCGGUCCCGAAGACUUUCAGCUUGCGGUCUGCGACGAAUGCCACAGGUACCUGCACAACGACUCCGACGUGGGCCAGAUGAUUGAAGGCAGAAUGAGGGCGCGCCGGCGGCUCCUGCUGUCCGACGAGUCUCAGUCCUCAGCCAUCAGCCAGAGCUACCCGGAGAUGCAACGGGUCAAGCUGACGGAGGUGGUCCGGAGCACCAAGCGGAUCGUGGCCGGAGCGGCCUCCUUCCAGCUGCACGCCGGCACCGAGGAGACAGUGACGUCUUUAGGCACAGACGGUCCGCCUCUGAAGACGUUCCUCUUUCAACUCGAAGAGAAAAGCCAGAAGUUCGAGGCGUAUGCCCGUGAGAUCGUGAAGGCCGUGAUGUACGUCGAACAGGUCCUUCCCGGUGUGUCGCUACACCGCCGAGUAGCAAUCCUGACACCCAGUGUGGACUUUCUCGACCAGUUGAAGCCAAGCUUGCAGAAGACUCUGAACCAUCAGAUCUCGCAUCGCUCCUUCCGCCUGGAAUCGUUCGCAAAGUCACUGACCUGUCUACCGGAAAGGGUUCUGGGACGCAGCCGGCAGGCGCAGACGAACCACGAAAGCCUCAUCGUGGAUGCGAUGGAGCAGGCGGACGGUCUGGAACAGAUGAUUGUGGUGUGUGCAGGCUUGGACUCGGCCAUCCAGAGCUCAACGGAGGAUCUACAAACUCGGGCACAGCUCUACCGCGGCAUUACUCGAGCGCAGCUUCUGGCAGUUGUAGUGAACGACCACGUGCCUGGUGGCUGGCUCGAGUUCCUCGGCGGGGUGAAGUAUCGGGAUGCGGAGCUGUCGGCUCGGGAGGCCGACUCCCCAAGGGUGGCGGAAGCCGCGAAGAAGAGGCACCAGGCCGCCCUGGCCCAGGCCGCUGCCGAGGCUGCGAAUCCCAGCCCGCAGGAUGAAGCAGAAGCACGGCAGAUGGAGAGCUAUCCCGACGCAGUCCAGGGCACCUCUUCAAGUGUGAAGCCGUCGGGUGUCUGGAACACCCUGCAUCGCCUGAACCCUUGGCGCACCUCUGCAUCGCCUCCGAAAGCCAGCAGCCAAUCGGAAGCCUCCAGGCCCAAGCCAAAAGCCGCAGCGGUGAAGACCUCGAGCGUCUGGAACACCGAGAGCAACAGCAUCCCAGCGCCCACGGAGCUUCUCUUCGACCCGUUGGCAGAGGUUUCCCGGCAGGAAGUGUAUGCCACCUUCGACAAGGAGCACGGCGGGCGACAUGGGUGGCGCUUCGACGGCGAUGAAGCGGAAUGUGGCUGGGGACCUACCCUGCUCGUGAGUGCGGAGACGGCGUCCAGGGGGAUCCUGCGCUGGUGCAUCAAGAGCCAGGAAAGCAAUGAUUGGUUCGAGGUUGGCGUCAUCCCUGCGGGGGAAGCGGAGGAUACCGACUUCCUGCACAACAACCCGGGCUACGGCAUCAAGUCGGAAAAGACGAGCGACAAAGUUGGAAAGCCUGCUUUUGACAUCUACAUGAAGUACAUCGAGGUGAUCGCGGACCUGGACGCUCGAGUGGCCAAGGCCAGAUUUGCCGGUGUGUGCAAGCCUUUCUACGAAGGGGUCAUGGUCGGAGACACCCGAGAGCAGAUGCUCGAGGUGACUUCCUUCGACAUGCCUUUCCAAGGCGAUGCGAAGCUGGCCGCAUGCCAGCAAUUCAUGAGACGGUGGUUGAAAUUCUUGGAGCUAUUCCUUCUCGGAAGUUGGGUUUCCAGCCGGUGUAAUUAA